CCUAUCCCAGAAGAUCAUCUCAACUCACCAGCAGCCAUGAACGCAAUGAACGACUUGCUCAAUACUGCGAUCCGAAAUCGACUCCAAGAUGAUCCCGACUAUGAUCCAAUCAGAUACCCAGAGAUUGCACGCAAAUUUGGGAAAAAGCCAUGA